ACCGCCUCCUCUAAUUUCCCAAAAAUGACAGAAUCUGCCCCCUCGUGUCACUUUUCAAACGAAACCACGUUGCUUCAUGGCUUCCACCAUGAAUUCUCUCUCUUCUCCUAUAAGCUAACAACCUAGUAGAAAGAAGAAUGCACAUGCAAUUCCUUUUCCAAUUGUACUAUAUUCCUCUCUCCUCCCCUGCAAAGCAAAAUCAGGUCGGCACAUCACGUUUUGUCGUUCGUAAAAACAAAAUUAAACUGCACUUGUUUGAUAAAGAAUGAGACUUUAUGUGUAUUUAUUGGAAGGCAAGGAUUGGACAGUGGAGGAUUCUUAUGUGAAGUUAAAAGUUGGGAAGUUCAAGUCGAAGACUAGGGUGUUGAAGAAUACGAAGAACCCUAUUUGGAAUGAAGAGUUUGUGUUCAGGGUUCACGACUUAGAGGAUGAACUUGUUCUCUCUGUUUAUCAGCAUCAUGAUAAUUCCGGAAUUUUUAAUGUUUAUGGAGAUUUAGUUGGGAAAGUGAAAAUACCUGUUUGGUCUGUUGCUGCUGAGGAAAUUCAGAACUUGCCACCCACUUGGUUUUCAAUUAAAAAACCUAAAAGUGCAAAAUCUGUUGACAAAUAUUGCGGGAAGAUUCUUCUCACUGUUUCUUUACAUGGAAAGGGCAAAGAUCUAUCCACCAACCAUGUUGGUUAUGUAAAUCCAACAAAUGACACUUCUAAAGAAAUUGAAGUGACAAGCAUUUCUUCUCAAGAUUUCCAUGGUUUUGCAGCUCAUUCCAAGAAAAUUUCAGAAGGGAAACAUUUAAUGAAGAACAUUGCUUGCCAUUUUGAGAAGCUUUUCGGCAAGAAUGAAGAAGCCAAGAAAAGUGACGAGGAAGAAGUGAAGAAGGAUGAUUCUUCUGACCUUUCCACCAUCACAUCUGACUUUGAAGACCCUGUGGAGGAGCCUCCGGUCAGCCGUAGCUUUGAAGAAGUGAUUGAGCGAAUGCAGCCCACCAGUGAAGAUAGAGAAAUGCCAGGGGACCUGCAGGGUGGAGUCCUGCUAGACCAGACAUACGUUCUGCCCUCAAUAGAACUUAACACGUUUCUUUUCGCUCCUGGUUCACAGUUCAGGAAGGAUCUGGCGGAGUUGCAGGGUACAAUAGAUGUUCAAGAGGGUCCUUGGACAUGGAAAUCAGAUGACAUGUGUGUAACAAGAGUUGUCACCUAUAUUAAAGCAGCAAGUAAGUUAGUUAAGGCUGUUCAAGCCACAGAGGAGCAAACAUAUAUUAAGGCUGAUGGAAAAGAAUUUGCUGUUUUUGUCUCUGUAAAUACCCCUGACGUUCCAUAUGGGAGUACUUUCAAGAUUGAGUUGCUUUACAAGAUAAUGCCUGGCCAACAGGAACCUUCUGGUGAAGAAUCCGCACGUCUGAGUAUAUCUUGGGCUAUUAACUUCUGCCAGAACACUAUGAUGAAAUCAAUGAUUGAGGGAGGAGCUAGACAAGGAUUGAAGGAGAGCUUUGACCAGUUUGCAGAGUUAUUAGCUCGCAAACUGAAAGUUACAACUUCAAAAUUUGUCUUAGAGAAGGAUCGAGCUUUGGCAUCCUUGCAGACUGAACAACAGUCAGAUUGGGAAAUGGCAAAGGAGUACUUUUGGAAUUUUACAGUAGUAUAUAUUUUCAUGGUUUUGUAUGUCUUUGUGCACAUCUUAUUGAGUGAACCUAGCAAAUUACAAGGAUUGGAGUCUUAUGGUUUUGAUUUGCCGGAUAGUGUUGGAGAAAUUAUCACCAGUGGGAUAUUAGUCCUUCAAUUGGAGCGGGUGUAUUACAUGGUUUCACGUUUUGUAGAAGCUAGGCUGCGAAGAGGAAAUGAUAAUGGAGUUAAAGCACAAGGUGAUGGAUGGGUACUUACUGUAGCUUUGAUUGAGGGAAUGAACUUAGCUUCCUUGGACCCAACAGAUCCCCCAGAUCCAUAUGUGGUCUUAACAUGCAAUGGCAAAACAAAAACCAGCUCUGUCCAGCUUCAAACUCUUGACCCUCAGUGGAGUGAGAUACUAGAGUUUGAUGCUGCAGAAGAACCUCCUUCGGUGCUAGAUGUGGAAGUUUUUGACUUCGACGGUCCAUUUGAUCAAGCUUCAUCACUUGGACAUGCAGAAAUCAAUUUCCUAAAACACACUUCUGCAGAAUUGGCAGAUAUUUGGGUUCCUCUCGAGGGAAAGAUUGCGUUGUCUUCACAAUCGAAGUUGCACUUGAGGAUUUUUUUGGACAAUAACAAUGGAGUUGAAACUAUCCGAGACUACCUUACAAAGAUGGAAAAAGAAGUUGGAAAAAAAUUAAACCUUCGGUCACCACACAAGAACUCAGCAUUUCAGAAAAUUUUUGGAUUGCCUCCAGAAGAGUUUCUCAUCAAAGACUAUUCUUGCUCCCUCAAAAGAAAGAUGCCAUUACAGGGGCGGAUCUUUCUAUCUGCCAGAAUUGUGGGGUUUUAUGCGAAUUUGUUUGGUCAUAAAACGAAGUUUUUCUUCCUGUGGGAGGAUAUCGAGGAUGUUAAUGUGGUUUCCCCUUCAUGGUCAACCAUGGGGAGUCCUGCACUUGUGAUGAUUUUGCGCCAAGGUCGAGGUGUUGAUGCUAGGCAUGGUGCGAAGUGUCAAGAUGAAGAAGGCCGACUGCAUUUCUGUUUUCAUUCAUUUGUCUCAUUCAAUGAUGCAAGCAGGACAAUCAUGGCAUUGUGGAGAACAAGGGCACUGCCUUCGGAUCAGAAAGAACAAAUUGUUGAAGAGCAGCUGGAGAAGGAUGAAAAGCUUGCUUUGUCUGAAGACACGUCAUCCUACUUGGUUGUUGAGGAUGUACAAAUGUCUAAAGUUUAUUCUGCAGAACUACCUGUCAAUGUUAAAUCACUGAUGCGGAUGUUUGAUGGAGGAGACUUGGAGCAUAGAGUGAUGAGCAAAUCUGGUUGUCUAAAUUAUGCGACGACUUCAUGGGAAACUGUAGCUCCUGAUGUUUCUGAGAGACAAGUAUGUUACAAAUUCAACCGCUUCAUCUCAAUAUUCGGUGGUGAAGUAACAAGCACGCAACAAAAAUCACCUAUUGCAAAUGGCGCUGGAUGGACCAUCAAUGAGAUCAUGGCCCUGCAUGAUGUCCCGUUUGGUGAUCAUUUCCGAGUACAAUUCAGAUACGAGAUCGAGAGCUCUACUUCUGUACAUAAUUCAUGCAAGUGUGAUGUUAGUGUUGGUGUAAUGUGGCUUAAAAACACAAAAUUUGAGCAAAGAAUAACAAGGAAUAUUAUUGGAAAAUUUACCACUAGAGUAAAGGAUAUAUUAGAGUUGGUUGAAAAGGAGAUAUUGUUGUCAAGUUGAUAGAAUCAGGUGAAUGUUGCCACUUGAGAUAUAGUUGCUUUAACAUUAGAGAUGUCAUGACCAACGGAUACCAUAGUAAUUUCUGAUAGAACUUUUUGCACACUUUAUGAAUCAGCUUCUCAUUCCAUUGAUUCAAUCUGGGUAAACUCGAAUUUAUGUAACAAUGGACCAGAGAAUUUGUCCAACUCUUUAUUUAAUGUCACUCAGUACAUAUGGAA